AUGUCGAUUGUCCAGGAAACGGCCUGCGGCGUGAAUAUUCAACUCGACCAAUUGCAACAGCAGAUAACCCGGCCGGAGAAGCUUCUGUAUACCGAAGAUGCCCCUCCGGUACACGUUCGUCGCCUGCAAAAUGUCAUCGGAUCCAUCUCGGUGACUUCCAAGACCCAGCCCUUCCUUUCAGCCACUCGUCUGGCAGAUUUGCUUGCAGACCCUACCUUGACGCGUCAAUUCCCCGUCGCCGCAGAAGUCCAGAUUGACACUGAAUCUCAGGCUGAGGAGCAUGUGUCGGAUUAUCUGUGGUUGGUUGCUGCCAAAGCCUCGGUCCAGGCAUCAGGCUUGGUGAUGCACUCCCUUUUGGACCAGACGCUCCGACUUCAGGAAGAGACUUACUACUGGAACGACGUGCUCGGGUCGGUAUGGAAUAGCGGUCUCUACACGGCCCAGACAGCACCUACACGAUUCUGGCAUUGGACUAAGGGUCUUCCUUCAAUCCGAAACGCCUCCUCCGCAUCCCUCUCCAGAUCCUUGGCUGCCCGAUGGGCGCAAUUCUACCAAAUUGCUCGACAAAGCAUGUCGGAGUCUCCUCUCCGACUCAAUUGGUCUUCUCCAAUCCGAUCUUGUCGCGCUGAGGCUCGCCAAAAAAGAGACCGCCUCGUGGCCAUGACGGACAUCCAUACUAGUAGCCUAGGUCUGCUUAUGGAAAGUUGGCAUGCCUUUCAAACUGAGGAUGCGGCCGUGGAGGGCGCGCAAUUGUCUCGGGCUCAGUGGCAAGAGACAGUCUCCCGGAUUGUGAUCCUCACAGAAACCAUCCUUCAUCAGGCCAUCAACCAGUCAAAUGUGGUCGGCUUUGAGGAGCGAGUGGUCACGACUCUUAAAGAGGACCAGGCCGGUAUGCACAUGCUCGACAAUGGUUUGUACUCCACGCAAACCCCAGCGGAUUUGAUUCAGCGCCUGGUCUCUCUUCUUCGGGAUCACCUUCCCGCUCAUACAUCCUCGAUGUCCACGUUUGUCGCUUUGCAUGGUCGACCUUCACGAGUGACCCGGUAUUGGAUCCCGGUGUCACUGGCGAUCCUAUCGGGAAGUGCAUCAUUGAAGUUCUUGGCUCAUCGGCAAGACCAGAUUCUACAAUGGAUCAUAGAUUUUGGCUCUACCAUUAUUGACUUUGGAGGAAACUGGGUGGUGGAUCCCAUUCGCAAACUGAUCGGAACCAUUCGACACGAUGAGAAAAGUGAGAUUGCCAUCAUGAGCAAGAACAGCUUGGUGGCCGACCGGGCGAGUCUGGAACGGAUGGUCAUUGAUUUUGUCCGUGACCGCGCCGACACUAGCCAAGGGCAACUACCUGUGGAAGACACCACGGCCAUUGCGAACGCCGUCAAGGAAGGCGACUUGACUCCAGUCCUCAAAGCCUAUGAGCGAGACCUCCGAACACCCUUUGUCGGCACUGUCCGCGGCGACUUGGUGCGCGCUCUUUUGAUCCAGAUCCAGAAGACCAAGGUCGAUGUUGAAAUCGCCAUCAGUGGUAUUGAUGCUCUUCUGAAGAGUCAAGAACUCGUCUUUGGUUUCGUUGGUCUCACACCUGGAAUUCUGGUUUCGUAUGCUUCUCUACGCUGGCUGAUUGGACUCUUUGGCAACCGUCGUGGUCUACAGAGGGGGAAGAAAAGGCAUGAGAUUCGUCGGGGACUACGGAAUGUCACCCGUAUUAUCACAUCCGCCCGGCCGUCUGACGGGACAAUGUCCUACAAGGAGUCCGGUCGACUCAUCUGCGAGGCCGAAGCACUUCUCCAGAAGAUCAGACUGGUCCUGGGAGGUAUUCAAUACCGGGAAUUCCGAGAGGAUGUCCAAGACCUGCUCGAUGUCCAGAGUGGCGUGGAGAAGCAGCUGCGGGUUGUAGAGAGGAUGAGAUGGGCAUACUUCCAGUAG